UGUCCCGAACAUGCGCAGUCGUUUUCCCUUCCGGCCGGCCGUACGUCGGGCGUGCGUCAAGAUGGCUGCCUCCUUACCGCACACGCUUCUGAGGCGGGUUCCUAACCUCUUGCGAAGCUCCUAUGGAGUUCAGGUUCCCCUCCGGACUCUCUGCACCAAAGGUCCUCCUGAAGAAGGUUCUCCAUCGUCACUUCCCCUCUCCCCUUAUGAGAAUGAACCUUGGAAAUAUCUGGAUUCAGAAGAGUACCAGAACCGCUAUGGUUCUCGCCCCAUUUGGGCCGACUACCGCCGCAAUCACAAAGGUGGUGUACCCCCCCAGCAGACCCGAAAGACAUGUAUUCGUAAAAAUAAAGUGACUGGAAAUCCUUGCCCUAUCUGCCGGGAUCACAAGUUGCAUGUUGACUUUAGGAAUGUGAAACUCUUGGAACAGUUUGUUUGCGCCCACACUGGUAUGAUCUUCCACGCCCCAUAUACAGGGGUCUGUAUGAAGCAGCAUAAGAAGCUGACCCAGGCCAUCCAGAAAGCCAGGGAGUGUGGUCUCCUCAGUCACUACGUUCCCCAGGUUGAGCCCCGAGACGCUGACUUCCGUGCUGUCCAUGGGGCUGUCAGUGUCACUCCGCCGGCCCCCACACUAUUGGCAGGCCAACCUUGGUACCCGUGGUACAGCUGGCAGCAGCCACCAGAAAGAGAACUGUCCCGCCUUCGCCGGCUCUAUCAGGGAAACCUCCUAGAAGAAAGUGGCCCCCCGCCUGAGUCGAUGCCUGAGGUGCCCAGUACACCACCCGCAGAAACCCCUGAGCAGAUGGGCUCCCAGAGUGCUUAGAACGUGUGAACUAGGGAAGAAGUCGGGGAUUAAGGGAGUCGUGUCUAGGGUUAUGUGAUGUCAUGUGUUCUGAAACGUGUCUGUUUUGGGACAGUGACGACCCUGAAGAGGAGGUGAUUACUGAAGAGGACAGACACAUCUGAGGUUGAGGAGAGAGGUCUAGAUGCACAUGGGAAACUGGAAGGGUUCAGACAUGAACAGGAGACAACUCAUUUGUGUGCCCUGGAUACUGUGUCCCUGAUUUAAACCUGCUGGCACAGCUCUUCUAUAAUAAAGCUGUCUCUCUCUGC